AUGUCAGCUAGGGAUUCUAACCAUUCAUAUAAAUGUUCAGAUGAUUCUCAAAUGCCAUAUUACAACAACUCGGCUCCUUUAGGAGAAAAUGGUAGGAUUCAUGUGAUGCAAAAUAAUCUAGGAAAUCACUACUACUCUCCUGAUACUGGGUCACAAAGGAUCAACAAUUCCAACCCUCAAGUAUUUGAGGCACAAUACUGCACUCUGGAAUCAUCCUCAGCAAAUGGUGUUUAUCCUGCACAAAGCUCCACAUCUUCUCACAGCAUCUCCCCUUUAAGUGGGAGCCCCCUGUCUCAGCAUGAUAGCCACUCAGACCACGCAUAUAGUUCUCCCCCAACUGCUUCCUGUUUAACUGAGGUUGCAGAUCUCCAGACUAAACUAAAAGAGUUAGAGAAUGCCAUUCUUGUACCUGGAUUGGACUUGGACAUUAUUUCUGACAGCCCUGAGAGCUUGUUACAAGCCAAUGUUCAAUUGAGACCAGACAACUGGAGACAACUUCUGGGAAUUGAUGCAGGAGACUUGAAGCAAGUACUCAUAGCAUGUGGUAAGGCUGUUGCCGAGAACGACGUCUUUGCAACAGAGCUGCUUAUAUCUGAGCUUGGUCAGGUGGUAUCUGUAUCUGGAGAUCCAAUGCAACGACUUGGAGCCUAUAUGCUGGAAGGAAUUGUUGCUAGACUUUCUUCCUCUGGCAGUAUGCUAUAUAAAUCUUUGAAAUGUAAAGAACCUACAAGCUCUGAACUCAUGUCAUAUAUGCAUCUCCUUUACGAGAUCUGCCCAUUCUACAAGUUUGGUUACAUGUCAGCUAAUGGUGCCAUUGCUGAGGCUAUUAAGGGUGAGAACUUUGUUCACAUCAUUGAUUUCCAAAUUGCUCAGGGGAGCCAGUGGGUUACUCUGGUACAGGCCCUUGCUGCAAGGCCUGGUGGUCCACCAUACAUCAGAAUCACUGGUAUAGAUGACUCAAAUUCUGCUUAUGCCAGAGGAGGCGGGCUUGAUAUAGUUGGGAGGAUGUUGUGUAAUGUUGCUAAGUCGUGUGGUCUUCCUUUUGAGUUCAAUGCCGUUCCAGCUGCUAGCCAUGAGGUUGAGCUUCAGCAUCUUGCUAUAAGACCUGGGGAGAUUAUUGCUGUGAAUUUUGCCUAUCAGCUGCAUCAUGUUCCUGAUGAAAGUGUAAGUACGGAAAAUCAUCGGGAUAGGAUUAUAAGAAUGAUCAAGAGCAUCAGUCCUAGGGUUGUUACUCUCGUUGAGCAGGAGUCAAAUACAAACACAGCUCCAUUCUUCCCAAGAUACAUGGAAACUCUCAACUACUAUACAGCCAUGUUUGAGUCAAUAGAUGUUGCUCUCCCAAGGGAUGAUAGGAGGCGGAUGAACACAGAACAACAUUGUGUUGCAAGGGAUAUCGUUAAUUUAAUCGCAUGCGAGGGUGCUGAAAGGGUUGAGAGGCAUGAGCUGUAUGGAAAAUGGAAGUCAAGAUUUGCAAUGGCUGGAUUUAGGCCCUACCCACUAAGUUCAGUGUUGAACAACACCAUCAACACACUAUUGCAUAGUUACAACAGCUACUACAGGCUUGAGGAGAGAGAUGGUGUCCUUUACCUUGGAUGGAAGAACAGAGUAUUGGUUGUAUCUUCAGCAUGGUGUUGA